UAUGACUCAACCAGUUGUAGAGGGAAAACAGACUGACCUUGAGCUGGCCCAAGUCAAAGCUGCCCAAAAAGACUUCAAUUUCCCGCGACAACAUGGAGGAGCAAGACCUUCUUCAGCAGCUCGAGAACACGGCAUUCGCCUGCUCAUCUCUCAUACGUUUGAGCGGUGGUAGCGCCAACUAUGUCUAUCGAGGCAUUCUUAUGCAUGCCAUGCCCACCAGAGGCGAUGAUCGAGAUAUGGAGAGUGUUAUUGUCAAAUAUUCACUUGGUCAUGUACCAGGAAAUGCUAAGUUCAAGCUCGACUUAUCACGCUGCUCUGUCGAGAAUACCGUACUGGAGUACUUGAAUCAGUCAUCGCUGGUGACCAUGAAAAUCAAGGUCCCUGCUAUGCAUUUCCUAGCUCUUAAUGCCCAUAGAGGCAUUGCGAUACAACAAGACUUCCGCCAUUCGACGGACAUAGCAUCUAUCGUACGUUCAACAGAGCUGAGUGGCUUAUGGACGCAAUCUCAGGCAUUUUACACCAGUCAAGAAGUUGGAAACUGGCUAAGUCACUUCCAUGAAUGGGCCUCAGAACCUGAACAAGCAGGCUUCCGAAGCAAGGUUGGGUGCAACGGGCCCAUGCAAAGACUCAAGCACAAGGUCACCUACGGCGCAUUCACCGACGUCUUGAAGAACUUUCACGACAUCAGGGAAAAGAACUUCGUGGUUCUGGAACGGGUCAAAGAACGGGCAGAACUCGAGCUUCAUGAUUUGAUCAGCGGCAAGGAUGGACCAGAUCGAGGCAUGAUCCAUGGAGAUUGCUGGAUGGGAAAGUGA